AUGGUGGCCAAUUAUCGCAAGGACAUUGCUGAGCUGCUCAAAACCGGAAAGCAGGACUAUGCGCGCAUCCGAGUUGAGGCCGUCAUCCGCGAGUCCCUGACGCUGCAGGCCUAUGACAUCCUUGAGCUGUUCCUGGAGCUGCUGGCGAUGAGGGCCCCGCUGGUGGCAAACACCAAGGAGGUGCCCAGGGACAUGACAGAGGCGCUCAGCAGCGUCCUCUACUGCGCCAGCAGGCGAGUCCUCGCAACCCGAAGCGGGCCCCGCUCACGGCGCGCAUCACUGCGGGUGCCCGACCUGCCGGAGCUUCUCACCCUCCACAAGAUCUUCGCGCAGAAGUACGGCAAGGAGUACGUCCAGUCAGCAUCCAGCGACACAGAGUGCCACAGGUGGAACGUGAACGAGCGGCUGCGCCGCUGCGUGACCGUGGAGCCCCCCGAAGCUUCCCUGAAGCUGGAGGUGCUGUCAGAGAUCGCCCAGGAGUUCAAGGUGGAGUGGGACCUGGACAGGGCGCGGCGAGAGAUGCUGCCGCCAGACGGCAUCAGCCCCGGCCCGCCGCCGGGCGCCAGCGGCGGCUACGGCGGCGGCUACGGCGGCGCCAGCGGCAGCGGCGGGGGCGGAGGCGGUGGCGGCGCGGUGUACGGGGGGCCGCCGCCGCUGCAGAUGCAGGGGUUAGGGCCAGGGCCGGCGGCCGGCGUGCCCCCGGUGGGGCGGCCAGGCGUCUACCAGGACGCGCGGCAGGCCGCGGCUGCUGCGGCCGCGGCGGCGGCGGAGGCGCAGCGCGCGGCCGACACGGCCAGCGCGCCCGCCGACCUGGGCAAUGGCUACCGCCAGCGCAGCCAAGAGGAGAUCCAGCGCGCUUAUGACUCUGCCGCGGGCCCGCCAGCCAAGCCCGACCUCGAUGCGCCCCCCGCGCCCGCCGCGCCGCCCGCCGCGCCUGCUGCACCCCCCGCGCCGCCUGCUGCCCCCGCCGCGCCGCCAGCCGAGGGGGCCGGCAACAGCGGUGCGUCUGAGGAGCUGGACCUGCCGGCCGCACCGCGGCUGGGCGGGCCCGCCGCCCCCAGCGGCGGCGACAGCGAGUUUGACGAGCUGCAGAAGCGCUUCGACGCCCUCAAGCGGCAGUGA